UCGGAUUUCUUCUUGGACUCUUCCACAGUUCACUCUUCCACACUCUCAAACAUCAUGAAAGCUGUCGUUCUCGGUGCUGCAGGUGGUAUCGGCCAGCCGUUAUCGCUUCUCCUGAAGGCCAACCAUGCCGUGACAGAGCUUGCUCUUUAUGAUAUUGUAAACUCUCCCGGGGUGGCCGUGGAUCUGUCUCAUAUUGCUACCCCUGCCAAAGUCGAAGGAUUCCUGCCCCCCGAUGAUGGUCUCAAGAAAGCACUGACUGGUGCUAGUGUCGUCGUAAUUCCUGCUGGUAUUCCAAGAAAGCCUGGCAUGACUCGUGAUGAUUUGUUCAAGAUCAAUGCUGGUAUUGUUCGUGACCUCGCUACUGGCAUUGCCACCACGGCCCCGAAAGCUUUCGUCCUUGUUAUUUCCAAUCCUGUUAACUCCACAGUCCCUAUCGUUGCAGAGGUCUUUAAGAAGCAUGGUGUUUUUGACCCCAAGAGGCUUUUCGGUGUAACAACGCUGGAUGUUGUUCGCGCUUCGACUUUCGUCUCUGAAAUUCUCGGUGAUCGUUCAUUAUCACCGUCAGUAUCAGUUCCUGUGGUCGGUGGCCACAGUGGUGUUACCAUUGUUCCUCUACUCUCUCAAUCUUCCCACUCUCUGCCAGCAUCGCUUGACGCCACCGCUCUUGAUGGCCUCAUCAACCGCAUCCAGUUUGGUGGAGAUGAGGUUGUCAAGGCGAAGGACGGUGCUGGCUCAGCAACUCUUUCCAUGGCUUACGCGGGUGCUGAGUUCGCUGGGAAAGUGAUCCGUGCCAUCAAAGGCGAAAAGGGAAUCAUCACCCCAACCUUUGUCAACCUUACUUCAGACAAGACGGGUGGUGACGCCCUCAAGAAGGAACUUGGCAAGGACCUAGAGUAUUUCUCCGCUCGGGUCGAACUUGGUGUCGAUGGUGUCACCAAGAUCCAUGGUCUCGGUAAGAUCACCCCCGCUGAGAACGUGCUCGUUCAGGCUGCUCUUCCCGAGCUCUCUGCUAACAUCGAGAAGGGUGUCGCCUUCGUCGAGGUUCCCAAACUCUAAUUUAUACUGCAGUGAUGCUUGAGCAGUCAACCUGUAUAAAAUACUGUACAAGUAACAAGAUUUGUAGAAGGUAAAGCUUGAGUGUAGAAUGAAAUACAUUUGGAAUUGCUCUUA